GGUGGCCCCGCGAAGGCGGGCGGCAGCCGGGGCGACAUGGGCAGCGCCGAGGAGGAUUAUAACUUUGUCUUUAAGGUCGUCCUAAUUGGGGAGUCCGGGGUGGGCAAAACCAACCUGCUCUCCCGCUUCACCCGCAAUGAGUUCAACCAUGACAGCCGCACCACCAUCGGCGUGGAGUUCUCCACCCGCACAAUCCUCGUGGGAGAUGCUGUGGUGAAGGCUCAGAUCUGGGACACUGCGGGGCUGGAGCGGUACCGCGCCAUCACGUCAGCGUAUUACCGGGGGGCCGUGGGUGCCCUGGUUGUGUUUGACAUCACCAAGCACCAGACGUAUGAUGUGGUGGACCGCUGGCUGAAGGAGCUCUAUGACCAUGCCGAGGCCAGCAUUGUCGUCAUGCUGGUGGGGAACAAGACCGACCUCGCACAGGCUCGAGAGGUGCCCAUGGAGGAGGCAAAAAUGUUUGCAGACAACAAAGGGCUGCUAUUUGUGGAGACGUCAGCGCUGGACUCCACCAACGUUGAGCAGGCUUUCGAGACCAUCCUGAAGGAGAUCUUCCACAAAGUGCAGAAACAGAAGCAGAGGAGCAGCCAAAGCAACACGGUGUCACUUGCCAGUGAGAGCCCUGCAAGCACGGCCCCAGCACAGGCGGAGAGGCGCCCGUGCUGUGUGGCCCUCUGAACCAGCCGGGCACCCUGGGAAGCCCCCAGGGAACCCCACAAUCCUGGGACAUGCCAAUGGCAUAGAGCUGGGUCUGCCUCUGGCUACCAGCACAGGCUGUGCUGCCUGUGGUGCCACCCUCGUCCUGGUGCAGUGGGGACCAGCAGCCUGGACAGGGGCCAAAUUCUGUCAUAAAUGGUGAGAAGCACCUGU